AUGGAAAGACCCAGAAAGCAUAGUUCCUGGAACUUCAGACUGAGAGAAUCCUUUCACUGUUAUGACAGAUUAGAGAGGCAGCAAGGCCAUCAUGAGAAUUUGAAGCAAGAAACUGGGAUACAUGAAGAAAUUUCUAGUAAUGGGACAGGUUUUGAGAGUAAUGAAUUUGAGAGAAGUUUCAGUCUGAGUCCAGGCCCAGAUUUAGAACAGAGGGUUCCUACAAUAAAAAACAGCUAUAAAUGUGAUUCCUAUGGAAACAACUUCAAAGAUAAUUUAGAACUAAUUAAAUAUCCAAGAACCUGCACAGGAAAGAAACCUUUUAUACAUAAUGAAUUGGGGAAAACGUUUAACCACACUUCACAAUUUAAUCUUCAUCAUGACCAUCAUUCUGGAGAGAAACCCUAUACAUGUAGUGAAUAUAGGAAAACUUUUACCAAGUCGGUAAAUAUUGCUGAACAUCAGAGCAUCCAUCCUGAAGAGAGAUCGAGUCAUUAUAAAUGUAAUGAGUGUAGUAAAGUCUUUUUUAAGAGGUCAAACCUUAUUCAACAUCAGCAAAAUCAUUUUGGAGAGAAAUCUUUUAAGUGUAAGGAAUGUGGGAAAGUCUUCAGGCAAAUAUCACAACUUAAUGUUCAUUAUGCCAGUCACUCUGGAAAGGGGCCUUUUACUUGUAAUGAAUGUGGGAAAGCCUUCACCAAAUGGGCAAAUCUUACUGAGCAUGAGAGAAUUCAUUCUGGAGAGAAACCUUAUAAAUGUAAUGAAUGUGGGAAAGGCUUUACCAAACGGUCAAACCUUACCCAGCAUCAGCAUACUCACCUUGGGUUGAAACCAUUUAAGUGUAAUGAAUGUGGAAAAAACUAUAGCUACCUUUCUCAACUUAAUCUUCAUCAAAGAAUUCAUUCUGGAGAGAAACCUUAUAAAUGUAAUGAAUGUGAAAAGGCCUUUACCAAGCGGGCAAACUUAAAUCAACAUCAAAAAAUUCACUCUGGAGAGAAACCAUACAAAUGUAGUGAGUGUCACAAAGCCUUUGCCAAGCAGGCAAAUCUUACUCGACAUCUUAGAAUUCAUUCUGGAGAGAAACCCUAUAAAUGUAAUGACUGUGGCAAAGCCUUCACCCAGAGGGCACAUGUUACUCAACAUCAGAGAAUUCAUACUGGAAAGAAACUUUAUUGA